CCAUAGGAGUGCAGGGGGUUCUAGGAGAGCAGCGAGCAGCAAGAGGAAGCGAGUGGGGUGGGUUGUUUGCACAGCAAUCAGCUGCCAAAAUGGCCAUCAAAGUAAUGGACCUGAUCUACUGGCGGGAUGUGGGGAAGACAGGGCUGGUGGUCACAGGGCUGGUGAUAGGCCUGGCUAGCCUGUUCCAGCUCAGUUCCGUCACCAUGCUGUCCUACCUGUGUAUCUCCAUCAUGUGUCUCACCUUCCCCCUACGCCUCUACUACAAACUCCUAGAGCUGAUACGGAAGAUCCCUGAAGGAGUGCACCCCUUUCAGUCUUAUAUAGGAGACGACAGCUCUCUGACAGAUGAGGAGACUGUGUUGGUGGUGGAGGAGGUGGUGCUAAUGAUUGCCUUCGCCGUCACAGAGAUCAAACGCCUGCUCUUCAUCGACAGCAUCAUGGACUCCAUCAAGUUUGUGGUGCUGCUGUACGUGUUGACCUAUAUGGGCAUCACGACCAAUGGUCUGACCCUGGUGAUAGUUGGUGUCAUCUGUGUUUUCUCUCUUCCUCUGUUCUACAAACAAAUGCAGGGGCGAAUGAAAAGGAUUAGCAAAGCGGUCAGAGGCCUCCUGAGGAAAAUCAAAAACUUGUUUAAGAUGUUGUACAGUAAACUGAGACCCUCUCCUGCGACUACACCUGCCACAACCCCCACUCCCACCCCGGCCCCAAAACACAAACACAAGUCAAAGUGAUGAGACAGAGAAAGGGGGAUCUAUGGGAAAAGAGGGGGGUCACUCAUACRUCUUAUCUUAUCAUGCCACCUGGGAUCAGGGGCUGGGCAACUCUGACGAGGGGAG